AUGUGCGGCAUCCUCGCCGUCCUCGGCGUCGGCGACGUCUCCCUCGCCAAGCGCUCCCGCAUCAUCGAGCUCUCCCGCCGAUUACGGCACAGAGGCCCUGAUUGGAGUGGUAUACAUAGCUUUGAGGAUUGCUAUCUUGCACACCAGCGGUUGGCUAUUGUUGAUCCUACAUCUGGAGACCAGCCAUUGUACAACGAGGACAAAACAGUUGUUGUGACGGUGAAUGGUGAGAUCUAUAAUCAUGAAGAACUGAAAGCUAAGCUGAAAUCUCAUCAGUUCCAAACUGGUAGUGAUUGUGAAGUUAUUGCUUACCUAUAUGAGGAAUAUGGGGAAGAAUUUGUGGAUAUGUUGGAUGGCAUGUUCUCGUUUGUGCUUCUUGACACACGUGAUAAAAGCUUCAUCGCUGCACGCGAUGCUAUUGGUAUCUGUCCUUUAUACAUGGGCUGGGGUCUUGAUGGGUCAGUAUGGUUUUCUUCAGAGAUGAAGGCAUUGAGUGAUGAUUGCGAGCGCUUCAUAUCGUUCCCCCCUGGACACUUGUACUCAAGCAAAACAGGUGGCCUAAGGAGGUGGUACAACCCCCCAUGGUUUUCAGAAAGCAUUCCUUCAACCCCUUAUGAUCCUCUCCUCAUCCGAGAGAGUUUCGAGAAGGCUGUUAUUAAGAGGCUCAUGACUGAUGUGCCAUUUGGCGUUCUCUUGUCUGGUGGACUUGACUCUUCUUUGGUGGCUUCUGUUGUUUCACGGCACUUGGCAGAAACAAAAGUUGUCAGGCAGUGGGGAAACCAACUGCACACCUUUUGCAUCGGUUUGAAGGGUUCUCCUGAUCUUAAAGCUGCUAAGGAAGUUGCUGACUACCUUGGCACUGUCCAUCAUGAAUUACACUUCACAGUGCAGGAGGGCAUUGAUGCAUUGGAAGAAGUUAUUUACCACAUCGAGACAUACGACGUAACAACCAUUAGAGCAAGUACCCCAAUGUUUCUAAUGUCUCGGAAAAUCAAAUCAUUGGGUGUGAAGAUGGUUCUUUCAGGAGAAGGUUCCGAUGAAAUAUUUGGUGGUUAUCUUUAUUUUCAUAAGGCACCAAACAAGAAGGAACUCCAUGAGGAGACCUGUAGGAAGAUAAAAGCUCUUCAUUUAUAUGAUUGUUUGAGAGCGAACAAAGGAACUUCUGCCUGGGGUCUUGAGGCCCGCGUUCCAUUUCUCGACAAAAGCUUUAUCAAUGUAGCAAUGGACCUGGAUCCUGAAUGUAAGAUGAUAAGACGUGAUAUUGGCCGGAUCGAGAAAUGGGUUCUGCGUAAUGCAUUUGAUGAUGAGGAGAAGCCCUAUUUACCCAAGCACAUUCUUUACAGGCAAAAGGAACAAUUCAGCGAUGGUGUUGGGUACAGUUGGAUUGAUGGAUUGAAGGACCAUGCUAAUGCACAUGUGUCGGAUUCCAUGAUGACGAACGCUAGCUUCGUUUACCCUGACAACACACCCACAACAAAAGAGGCCUACUAUUACAGGACUGUGUUCGAGAAAUUCUAUCCCAAGAAUGCUGCUAGGCUAACGGUGCCAGGGGGCCCCAGCGUCGCAUGCAGCACCGCUAAAGCUGUCGAAUGGGACGCCGCCUGGUCCAAGCUCCUCGACCCGUCUGGCCGCGCCGCUCUCGGCGUGCACGAUGCGGCGUACGAAGAAAAGGCUCCUGCAUCGGUCGAUCCCCCGUUCACCUGCACACGACGUCAAAAGACUCAAAACCGCCGUUUCAGCAGCUGCUGUAUAACCUUCCAUAGUUCCAUAAUUCUAGCUUUCCUUGCAACUUGUCUGUAG